AUGUCGUAUAACCACGAGGCAGAGUUUCCAUGCCCUGACAUCGUAAAGACGUACCGCGCAAUAAUGGGCGGUGUGGACUUGGCAGAUCAAAUGAAGGGAUUGUAUGAUAUAAAGAGAAAAUCAAAUAAAUGGUGGAAAAAAGUAUUUUGUCGUGGUAUGAUGAUGGCUGCUGUAAACACUUGGGUUAUAUGUUCGGAGCUGAAUAGGAAGAAACCUGCCUUCUUACCAGUGCUGGUCGAGAUUGCUGAGUCGCUAAUUGAAAAAGGAAAGGAAUCUACCACAUAUAAACGAUCCCGUCGGUCUGGAAGAUCAUCGAAUAGGUACAAAUCAAUGACAAAUGUGGGGGAUCAUUGA